UGAAUUUUGGUAAAGUUUAGGUGAAAGUGAAACACGAAAAUAUAAUAACCGAGUUAUAAAGACAGUGAACGCAGAUUUUGUGAAAUUGAAAUUGCAGAUUACCAUCACUGUGUCAAGUUCAAACUGAUGGUUGUUUCGUUUUCUAGGGUUCUUCUAUGAAAUUGCAAUCCACCGAACCUACGAGAAAAUGAAAGACGAUUCGAUGCACUCAAAACCUUGUCAUGAGAUGACAGAUAUGGAUGGAGAUUUUACCAUGGUUGUCUCAAAUGAUACUCAUGUCAGUGCUCUUGAUGUGAAGCCUCUCAAUAGUGAACCACCAUCAAAGCCCCCCUUAGAGCCCAUUGAAGGAAUGGAGUUUAAAUCAUUUGAAGAGGCAAAGAGUUACUACACAAGGUACGCUCAGAACAAAGGUUUUAGUUUCCGCAUGGGCCGUGUUACUAAGUCAAGAACAAACGGUAUGAUAAUUGGUCAAGAAAUUCUUUGUUCAAAGGAGGGGUUUCGAGCCAAAAAGUAUGUGAAACAAGGAAAUAGUAGUCUCAUUACACAUGAUGAAACCAGGGUGGGAUGCAAGGCACGGUUAUAUUUAAAGAAAAAUAAUGAUAUAUGGAUUGUUUCUAGAUUUGUAAGCGACCAUAAUCACCAGCUGUUUUCUCCUAGAAGUGCACAGUCUCUUCGCGUACAUAGAAAGAAAACUAAAGUGCAAAAGACACUUACUGAUGUGCUUGAUGAAUCUGGUUUAGGCAAAACAACAUCUAUCUUAUGCACUGAAAGUGGCGGUAUUGAUAAUUUUGGAUCUAGUCAACAAGAUGUUAUCAAUUACUUAAGUGUACAGAGACAAAAACAAUUUGAAAACAGAGAUGCUCAAUUGAUGUUAUCAUACUUUAAGAAUUGUCAGUUGAAGAAUACUGGGUUUUUCUAUGCGUUUCAAAUGGAUGCCGAAGGAAAAUUAACUAAUUGCUUUUGGGUUGAUUCAAGGUCUAGAGUUGCUUACAAAUAUUUUGGUGAUGUGGUUACUUUUGAUCCAACGUACUUGAAAAAUAAAUACAAAACUCCUUUUGUUCCAAUUACUGGAGUUAAUCAUCAUCAACAAUCAAUUCUUUUUGGUUGUGCUCUCUUGUGGGAUGAAGCUGUAGAGAGUUUUGAUUGGUUGCUAAGUACUUGGUUAGAAGCAAUGAGUGGGGUUUGCCCUAAAACUGUUAUCACAGACCAACACACUGCUAUCACCAAUGCAGUUGCAAGGGUGUUUCCAAAGGUUAAUCACCAUUAUUGCAUGUGGCAUAUUGAGGAAAAAGUUCCAGAGCACAUGGAUCAUAUCUAUCAUGGACACAGUGAAUUUAAAAAUCAUUUUUACAAGUGCAUUCACCAAUCUAUUACAAUUGAAGAAUUUGACUCUGAAUGGGAAGCAAUGGUUGAUAAAUAUGGGUUGCAAGAUAAUCAGUGGCUAGAAAAGAUAUACUCAAUUCGAUCCAAAUGGAUUCCUGCAUAUGUACAUCAUAAUUUCUGUGCUGGAAUGUCCACCACUCAAAGGAGUGAAAGUAUGAAUAAAUUUUUUAAGGAUUUUUUGAAUUCAAGUACUCCAUUGAGCAAGUUUCUGACACAAUAUGAGAAAGCUCUUGAUGCACGUUACAACGAGGAAAGGGAGAAAACUGUCAAGACAAUGAAUUCAAAACCACUUUUGCGAACUUUAUAUCCCAUGGAAGAAGAAGCUUCAAAAAUUUAUACAGGAAAAUUGUUUGAGAUAUUUCAAGAUGAGUUGGUUGGCUCUCAAAUGUUUACCACCGAGAAAGUUGAAUUUUCUGAUGAAGUGGCAACAUACAAAGUUCAUGAAAUUUACAAAGAGAAGCCAAACUAUCAUGUGGCUUUUCAUGUAACUUCGAAAGAAGCAACUUGUACUUGUCACAAGUUUGAAUCUUUUGGUAUUCUUUGUAGGCAUAUCUUAACUGUGUUCCUAAAGAAAAAGGUACAUUAUCUCCCUUCACAGUAUGUUCUACAACGAUGGACCCGAAAUGCCAAGAAAGAAAAAUUUGAAGGAUUGACAAUUGAAGAAUUCCAAGAAGGAGGAAACGAAGCUUCUAGCACUUCAUUGUUUAAUAGUGUUAUGGUUCGUUCUCUUGAAUUUUCUGAAAGAGCUUCACGAUCAAAAAAACAUCAUGAUAUUGCAAUUCAAUGUUUGCAAAAUGCAAUUGCAAAACUUGAUCUAAUAGAGCUUGAAGAAUCAAAUGAGGAGUUUGUUAAUUCGACAUCUUAAGCUGUUCCUUAAGCCUCCCACAAAGUUAGAACUUUCUGUGACCCUGGCAACUAACGGGGGUCCAAGGUCUUUGCGCGUGAAAGGCAAUUUGGAAUAGCUUAAAACAGGUUUAUUUGCUUGUAAUUAUUGUAAGAAAAAGGUUCAUAACAAACGUAAAUGUCCAAGUUUAAAUCAAGGAAAUUAUGGAAGCAUAACAAUGGUUUGAAUUCCGGGUUAGAUCAUACCAAUGGGACGUCCCAAUAUCUCAAGUUAUGAAUAUUUUGUUAAUAUGAAUGUUUUCUUGCUGUCAUAUCUUGUUCUCUGUCAUACUAAUUGUUACUGUGGAAGAUCCUUUUGACAUUGAAAUUGCUGAGGACAAGCAUUUGGUAGUAAAACGAAUCUUUGGUCACAGUCCUCUUUUGGUGCAUUUGAAUGGGACCAUUGUUUGGAGAUAUCUUUCUAGCUGGAAAUAGGUUGGGUGCAGGUGGUAACAGCAUAUAUCUUGUUAUACUAUAAUGAGGGCUUAGUUUAUUUUCAUAUAAUCAAAUUAUCAAUAUCAUGGCAACUUUAAUUUACUUUUUAUAUUCAAUAGAUGUGGUGGUUUGGACAUCAUUCUGGGUGUUGACAUAUGUUCUUUCCUGUUAUCUUUGUACACUCUCCCACUCUUGUGGGACUUCUUGUGCCUUAUAUUUUCUUGGUGUUAACAUGCUUGCAGCAUGCUACCAUAUGUGUUUACACCAUUAUUUACUUUAUGCCACACAUUCUUACAUUUGUUGA